CAAACAUGUCUACCGCCGUCUGGCCACCCUUACCUCCGGAUGCUCUCAAGAAAGCUGAAGAUGAAUCCACUGCUCGCGAACUGGCAUGGCUUCUCGACUCGCUGCAGGAAACCCUCGCGAGUUUGAAGAGCGGAUUGGAAGAAUGUUAUGCGCUACUGGCGCCGAUCGAGCCCGGGAGUACGCUGGUUAUUUCUAGUCCGAGGAGUGAGAGUAUUAAAGGGCAUAUCACGAGGGUGGGGACGAGAAUUGUUAAGGGUACACUCGCCCUCCGCCUCCGCACCCACGCCCCCCUAAACCUCACCCUCAACACCACACACCCACUCCUCCUCUCCCCCCUCACUACCCUCCGGACCCUCCUCAACCAAUCCCUCGACAUGGUCGCCAUCACACGGUGGACUGGCGACCGGCACUCCGCGCCCUUCAUCAGUUCACAGCUACACCUCCUGCACUCCCUUCUGCUCGAAGCGAUCUCUGUGCUGAAAGGCCCGAACUUACUUACUCCUGUGCAUUCGGCGGAAUCAGGCACUAGUACACCGAAUAUGAUCUCGGCGCCCCCGGGACAGGCGUGGUUUGAAAGCCCUCCUGACCCGGAGACAUUUACGCCUCCGCUGCCGCCGACACUUUCUCUCCACCUCACUCUGUUAGAUUCAACCUUGUUAUUGACGCUAAGAGUGCUGGAACCGACGUCUACACAACCAACUCCCAUCUCUCGGUUCGCACUGGCGAUCGGUGCACAAAGGAGAUUAGAGCAUGAUGAGAUGGAUGAGGUGUUUUUGUAUAGAGGGGAAGAGGUGCGGGUUCGGGAGAAGGUGAGGGUGGAGGGGAGUGCGGAUCCGAGUUUGUUGAGUCUUGGGGCGAAGCUGGGGGCGCUGGAGAGGGUAGUAGCGGAGAGGAGGAAGGGGCUGCAGGUUUUGAUGGGGGUUGGGGAGGAGGACGGGGAUGAUUGAUUGACAUUGGGUAAGAUUGCUUUGGAGUUGUGGAUAGGAUACCCAGGCGAUAAGUUGCAGACGUUUAUCGUUAAUCUAUGGUUAGUGAACUGCUUGGCUAGUCGAGAUUCUAAAUGAUAUGCUACGAGCCUAUAAUGUCCCGAAAGUACGGGUACAUUCGAAAUCUUCAUUCUAGCUAAGGACAGGACGCAGGCGAUCACUCCUCCGUUGUUCCAGUCAAACUUGGAACAUUGAACCGCAG